GACACACAUAAACAAGACAAACAAAAUUAACACAACAUAAAAACACAGUCCACGGCUGGAAAGAAGGCUCACACCAUGGACGAUGAUCAGCAGUUUUGUCUUCGAUGGAACAAUCACCAGAGUACGCUCAUCUCGGUGUUCGACACACUGCUGGAGAAUGGAACACUGGUCGAUUGUACAUUGGCGGCCGAGGGAAAAUUCCUGAAGGCACACAAAGUUGUGCUGUCGGCAUGCAGUCCCUACUUUGCGACCCUACUAUCCCAACAGUACGACAAACAUCCAAUCUUCAUACUCAAAGAUGUGAAAUUUCAAGAACUGCGCGCCAUGAUGGAUUACAUGUACCGUGGCGAGGUAAACAUCUCCCAGGACCAGCUGGCCGCCCUGCUAAAGGCGGCCGAAUCGCUGCAGAUUAAGGGUCUGUCCGACAACCGUAGCAGCUCAUCGUCCGGCACGGGCGGUGGCGGUGUGCAUCAGCAGCAACAGCAAAAGCAAGGCGAUACACCUGCCGCAAAAUCACUUCAGCCUCCCGUACCUGCUAGCAAGGCAUCUGGUCUGACGAUUGAGAACAAAAGGAACUUGAAGUCGGAGUUGCUCGAGUCCGAUAUGUCCGGUUCGCGGGAAGGAUCAUCUAGUCCCACGUCGCGAAAGCGUAAAAAAGUUCGCAGACGGAGUGUAGAUACGAACAAUCUAAUAGAUAAUCAUGACCAGCAUUCAAAUUCCUCAUCACAUUCAAUGCACACCGGUAGCGGUGCGAAUGUGGCUGCGCUAGCAGUCACCGGCACCAGCUCCGCCAACGUCGCCGCAUCAUCUCUGUCCUCGUCCACGGCAGCCGCUGGUAGUAACAGCAGCGCUAACGUGCUGUCUGUUGCCGCCGUGGCCGCUGUCGCCGCACUCAAAAAGACUGAAACCGUUCAACAGGCUGCCGCGGAAACACUGAAACUACAGAAGCAACAGCAGGCGGCCGCGGCUGCAGCUGCAGCCGCCCAGUCCUCCGACGAUGAUGAACGAUGCGGUGGCCCGGGCAGUGUUGCCACCGGCACGGAACACGACGACGGAAAUGACCUUUCGGACAAUGAGCACGAUGGCGAUGGCGGUUCUUCGGUAAAGUCUGGCUCGCGACAUCAUCACAUGCGAGAUGGUAGCCGGCGCGGUAAAAUGUCUACCUCGUCCAUGGGCGAAAUGAUGAUCGAACCGAAAAGUGAAUACGAAGAUGUGCAGGAUGAGAAUGUUGAGGAUUUGACAAUGGACGAUGAAGAUUUAAUGGACGAACUGGACCAGCCCGGACCGAGCCACGGUGGCGAUGUAUCUAGUCAAGGGUAUGCACAAUGGCCGAUGGAUCGUGAGCAGAACGAAUCGUUUAUUAACGCACAGGACGCAGUCGGUGGACAACAUCGAGACGCACAAGGCAAACGUAAAGUCGUGAUACUGUCGUCAAAGAGACAGGCUUCCGGUGGUUCAUUGAGUGAGGCUGGUAGUGUGACCGGUGCGAAAAAGAUAAAAACCAUCACGGUUACAACAGCGGAACCUGCGCUACUGCUAGACGAGAGCGAUAUUCCUAUCCUUACCCACCAUGAAGAGGUGCGGCAACUACGGCAAACGGACCGGCAGCAGACGAACGAUAUGCUAGGCAGUAAUGUGUUGUGCGACACUAGCGGAACGUCCGCCGGUACAACCAUGACCAUAACGGCAACGCUGGCCGAACCGAACGAGGGUGGUGAUGUUGAUGCGACACCUGCGACGCUUAUCACACACGCCACCCCGGUCGUACUGAACGACUGUUUGCUGGAGAGCAAAAACAUCGUCGUCACAAAGAAGGACAACAACUACAUCCUCUUUACGGCCGAUCCAGAUCCUUCGCCGGAACCACCGAACGGUAGUAGUGCCGCCGGCACGACGGUUAUGUUGCCUAUGCGUGGUGCGACCCUGGUCGCAACUGGUGGUGGAACAACGGCGACUGGUAAUACCACCACGGCCACCAUUAUCGACGCAAUGCGGAUAGAGGAUCUGCUCAAGAAGGAAAAGAUUAUCAAACAGACGGAACUGCAUCCAGACGGCACGACGGCGACGACGUACAUAUUCGAUGAGUGCGAUAUCUUGCCGAUCAAAACAACGACCGGUACCACUAUCGCGAAAGGAAACGUUACACUAUCACCGGGAACAGUCGGUACGGCGAUGGUUGGCAAGCGCGUAACGGCCGGUAAUGGUACGUCUACGGCGGGCACCGUCGCUGGAACAUCGAUCGUCAGCGCCGCUGGUACCAUUGUCACCACACCGGUUGCUAUCCACAAGCUGGAAGCUUCCCCAAACGAGCUUAUUGUGCCGACCGUGCUGAAGAGUGAAGGAGGUGGUGUGCGGAAAAUGGUACCGCACGGUACGCUCAGUGCACCCGGCAAACCGUUAAGCCAUCCUCGCAUCAAGUAUUCGCGUGUAAAGAAUCCUUACAGCACACCGGCGGCAAUAGCGUCAUCCACCAUAACGAUGCCGAUCUUGACGAUCCCAACCGUAACGCCAUCGCAUGCUAACGCCGGCAGCAAUGCCACGGUACAGUUGCAGGAAGUUUCCCAGCAGAUCGUUCCAUCGACGACGACCACCGCGACGGUGGCAGGGACAGAGCGGCAGCUGCUAAAUUUUUCCCUCUCGCGGAAACUGCCUCAAUCGCAACAGCACGUCACGAUUACCGGUGCGGGAACACCGGGUUUGACGGCGAUUAACGCUUCGGCCAUACAGCAGAUCCCAAUAGCGGCAAUUAGCGCUAGUGCACGCGGCAGUUCCGUCACUACGCGGUACACCGUGAAUGAGUACGAAACGUCCGGAUCGAACACGUCCCAGAGUGCCGAUUUUCCGCCGGGCAUGAUCGACGAUCUCGACUAUUCGGUGAUCGAGGAUAUCGAUCUGUCCGAUGGGGUGUCGGCGAAUUUUAGCAACGUCGUUGCAGCUGCCGCCGCAGCAGCAGCCAACACCUUGACGUCCUCCGGUCAACAGCAGCAGCAGCAACAACAAACGACACCGUCGACUAUGGGCCUCGUUACCGGGGGCAGCAAAAUGUCAUCGGAUGCGGAUAACAAUGGAUCUCAAAGUGACGACGAUGAUCAGGACCUGAUGGACGAGGGCGGCGAUGAUGGUAGCGGUGACCUGGGUGACGACGAUGACGAACACAUCACAAAGUACAGUAGCAAGAUGAUGAAGUUGAAGAAGGAUUGCGGCCAACCGGGUGGAACGAAGCUGCUGAACGCUUCGGCAGGCGAUAGCAAAUUUGCGCUGCUUGCGAAUCCGAACAUCAUGCGCAACUUCGAGUACACGGUGAACGAAUCGACGGUGGUAAGUGAUACGGACGAUGGGGAGGUACGCCAGUAUGUGUGCCGGCACUGUGGCAAACGGUACCGGUGGAAGUCAACCUUGCGGCGCCAUGAAAACGUCGAGUGCGGUGGCAAGGAAGCGUCCCAUCAGUGUCCGUACUGCAGCUACAAGGCGAAGCAGCGCGGCAAUCUUGGAGUGCACAUACGCAAACAUCAUGCCGAGAUGCCGCAGCUCGAAAGCCGCCGCAGAUCGAACAAAUCGCGCCAUUCGAUGUAACCGAUCAACUAAUGUUUCC